AAUCCAUAUCCAUAGGUCCGACGAUUGAUUUGACUUUGUAGUUAUUAUUCAACGUCUCCAUGAAAACUGAAUCAUCAUCAUCAGUAGUGGAGUUCCUUGAGAAGGUACCCUUGUUGCAUCGGUUAACUUCUUCUUCUCUGAAGAAAAUCGCCCAAGUCCUUGUCUUCAAGCGUUACGAGAGAGGGGAUUAUGUAGUUGGUAGAGAUGAGGAGGAGAUGGAGGGAGUCUAUUUUAUCUUGGAAGGACAGGUUUGGAUUGUUACUUUGUGUGACUCAUAUGAAGAUAAAAGACAAUUGCAACUUGUUAUGUUUUGUUUUCAGGCUCAGGUUCUAGGACCUGUCGGAGAAGAGAACUGUUCAGAGUUUUUCUUGAAACCAUUUGAUUACUUCGGCCGUGGCAUUUUUGGGAAUGUUUAUGCAGUAGAUGUUGUUGCUGUCUCACAGCUUACCUGCCUACUCUUGACUUGUGAUCAUUGUCAUUUGCUUGAGACAAAGCCAAUCUGUGAUUUAGAUAACCAACGCUCUCUCCUGGAACGCAUUUUGUAUAUGGAUCCAUUAGAUUUGAAUGUAUUCAGGGGGUUCACUCUACCCAAUGCCCCAGCCCUUGGAAAGGUUUUCGGAGGGCAAUUUGUUGCACAGGGACUUGCCGCAGCCUCAAAAACUGUUGAAUUUAUGAAGUUAGUCCAUAGUUUACACGCCUAUUUCCUUCUUUCUGGAGAUACUAAUAGUAAGGACUUUAAUCUCAAUAUGCUUUUGCUAGCAAGCACAUUGCUGUUUUCCUCUGAAAGUUCUCUUGCAGUUCCCAUCAUAUAUGAAGUUAGCCGCUUACGCGAUGGCAACAACUUUGCCACCCGAAGAGUAGAUGCAAGACAGAAAGGAAAAACCAUAUUCACCUUGUUUGCAUCAUUUCAGAGAGAGCAACAAGGUUUUGAUCACCUGGAGUCGAACAUGCCUCAUAUGCUACCUCCUGAAACGCUUGUACCAAGGGAUGAAAUGCUUCAACGGCGUAUGACUGACCAUCUGAUACCUAGGUAUUACCGAAAUAAAGUUGCAACCCAAUAUACUGCUCCAUUGCCUAUAGAUAUUCGAUUUUGUGAGCCAAAUUACUCCACAGAAGAGAGAAAGUCUCCUUCAAGAUUGAAAUAUUGGUUUAAGGCAAGGGGAGAACUUUCUGACGACCAGGCUUUGCACCGAUGUGUGGUUGCAUUUGCUUCAGAUUUGAUGUACGCCUUUAUCAGUUCAGACCCUCACCGUAAAAAGGGCAUGAGUGCUGUUCCUGUUAGCCUUGACCAUUCGAUGUGGUUCCACCGACCUCUAAGAGCUGAUGACUGGCUCCUCUUUGUGAUGGUGAAUCUAACAGCGUCUCAAAGUCGUGGUUUAGCAACUGGAGAAAUGUUCAACAGAAAGGGAGAGCUGGUGGUAUCGUUGAAGCAAGAAGCUUUGCUCAAAGAAACUGUGACUAGUAACCCCAUCUUGGACUCCAAGCUGUGAGUGAUAGACGCACCACAUACAUACAAGGGAGUUUUUGCAGCUGAUACAUUCUAAUGCUUGAAUGAUUAUUUCCCCUCGAUAAAGGGGGUAUUGAAUGUACAUUGUACUGCGAUAUUUGGUCAACAAUUUUUUUAAAGAAAAAAUCGAACCGGGAAUUAGUGACGGUUUAAAAUUAGGGAUUUGGUUUGGGUAUAUUCGGGUUUCAAGUAAUAAUAUACUUGUAAGCAAGAAGAAGCUUUGCUCAAACAUAAAAAUAAUAUACUUGUAAAUUUUGAAUAUUG